GUUGCACGCUCGUUGCACAAGUCCAUGGCACGUAACGUGAGCACAAGUCGUAGUGUGAGGGCAGCUGCACGUUGCACGAGUCUAUUGCACGAGUCUGUUGCAUCUCCCACACGUUUUGCAGCUGCACGAGGGCACGUUGCACAAGAGCCCAUCUUGCACAAGAGCCCAUCUUGCACAAGGCCCCGUCUUGCGUUGCACAAGAGCCCAUCUUGCACAAGAGCCCAUCUUGCACAAGGCCUCGUCUUGCGUUGCACAAGAGCCAACCUUGCACAAGAGCCCAUCGUGCACAAGGCCCCGUCUUGUGUUGCACAAGAGCCCAUCUUGCACAAGAGCCCAUCUUGCACAAGGCCCCAUCUUGUGUUGCGCAAGAGCCCAUCUUGCACAAGAGCCCAUCUUGCACAAGGCCCCAUCUUGCGUUGCACAAGAGCCCAUCUUGCACAAGAGCUCAUCUUGCACAAGGCCCCGUCUUGCGUUGCACAAGAGCCCACCUUGCACAAGGUCCUGUGUUGCACGAGGUCCCGCCUUGCACUGAAUCUGUUGCUCGUUGCACGAGGAUCUGGGCUUCCUUCCACCUGCAUCUCUUGCAUCUCACAACGGGGUCACGACGAUGCACAAGUUGCACGCACUCGUGCUUUGCACAAGAGCACACAAUUUGCAUUGGCCUGCAUUGCACGCUCCCAACCCACAUGUGUUGCACGAGGGCUGCUUCUUCAGUGCAAAGCAAUGCGUGUGUUGCACUCCCGUGUGCCCCACAACUCCUUCCUUGCACAAGCAAAGUGCUGUGCGUUGCACGAGGGCUGCAGUGCAAUGGCUGCUGCAUUGCAAAAGUCCUUCAGUGUGCGUUGCACGAGGGCUGGUGUGCAUGAGUGUGCAAUGCAUGGCACAAGAGCUCAUGUGCUAAGGAGUGUGCAGCACAUUGCACAAGAGCUCAUGUGCGAAUGAGUGUGCAAUGCAUUGCA